AAGGCUGAGAUAGAGCAAUGGAGGAGGUGAAGAAACAUGGUAGUGCUGGAAGAUAAAAUGGAGGGGGAGGAAGUUGGAGACUGUGGGAAAGAGAGAGAGGGAGAAAAUGAGGGAGAUGUCUUGGAAUGUGGGAUGCUUGUUGUGAAAAGGACAAGAUUUCAGAGAAAAGGAACAAGAGGGAUCAAGGAAGUUGGUUGGAGAGGGUGAAGUGAUAUCAUGAUGAAAGAAUGUGGUGAAGGAUUUGAUACUGCAUUGGGUGAGAAUGAGGGAUAAGGGAUCUGUGGGGAAAGAAAGCCAGGGAUCAGUUGCAGUGGAGUUGCUGCAGGGCAAGUUUGACAGUGACGCCUAAGCAUUUGAUGAGAAAUGUCUUAAGUAGGUGGGAUAUCAGACAGUUUGUCCCUGGAAGACACAGUAAAGGAAAUAUAAGUGGUGUAUGGGAUUGCUGUAGAGCUGUACAAGGAGAUUGGAACAUUUGAGAUGACCUUGGGUUUCUUUAAGAGGAGGGAGCUUUGUUGGGACUUCUUGGAAGUCCAGAUAUAUCGAGAUUUCAUGAGAAGUUUACAAUUUGCAUGGAUCGUUCCCCAGGACACUGCAUGAAUGUCUGCAAGUCUCAUUUAGAAUCUGAAACACCAACUGACUCACCUGAGUAGUAACCCGCAAAAUGAUAGCCAGGAAAAUUUACAGUUAUGUGUCCAGUAGCCAAUUGAUGAGAGAAGGAUAUUCUAUUUCCUGCACAUCCAACUGAGUGAGAAAACCAGAAAUCUCCAUUUUAACAUUGUUGUUGGAUGUAACAACAGUUAUUCCUAGACUUUGAAUUGUCGCAAUCAGUGAAGAUGAAUCCCAAUGAUUUUGUCGUGAUUCCGGGCAACAAAUCUGGCACAUCUGUUAAGUUAAAAGCAAGAAAUCUUCGGGAGCUACGAUUAGAAACUCUGCAGCUAGAACUAGACAGUGAUGUAAUGGAACAGAGGUUGCAGCAACUUCGACAAACCAUGCGUAAGGAAAAGGAGGAACGAGAGCGAUCAGGACCAUAUCAUUGGAAGUCUGGACAGAUUGGGAGUCUUGUAAAUCAUGCGCAGGUAGUGCUGAGAAAUAAAGAAAAUUUUAAUCAGAAGUCACAGAUAACUUCUGGAAAGACAAAAAUCAGAAUACUGAAGGAUCAUCCUGAAGAGCCUCGGAAACACGCAAUCAUCGAUGCAGUUAGUGAAACUGAAAAUCUAAAAGUUAAGGGGAAAUUGUGUGGACAGUGUGAGAUCAGAAGUCCUGUGCUGAUUUGUGUGGAGUGUGGAGAGGAUUACUGUUCUAGCUGCUUUGCUAAAUUCCAUCAAAAGGGGGCACUGAAGCUUCACAGAUUUUCUCCCUUUCAGGCAGAGGAGCAUGCAUCAAGCAAUUCAUUGCAUUUAGUCAGCCAAUUUAAAAAACAAAUUGAAUCGGACCCACCUGUGAAUACUAAACAGUUUCUGAAGAAACAUUUUUCAUUAAGGAAGUCUUCAUCUCAAAUGGCCACUCAACAACAUGCUGAAGUUCUUAACGUAGAGCAAGAAGAUGGUGAGUCAAUGGUUUGUGAGCAAAGCAUCAGAGCAGACCAUUUGAACAGUAACUCAUUACUAAAUGGCACCUUUGAUGAAGAACAGUCUAUGCAAUCUUUCCAAGAAGCACUAAAAGAAUGGAAGGAGAGAAAACCUAGUGAAGCACAUUGGUCACCCAAAAUGUUUUCAGUUUCCACAGGGACAUCACAUGUUCAAGACAAUCUGCAAAGUCCAAAACCACCAGUUGAAAUUCAUUUUAAAGAACACAACAUGAGCUACUUGGAGAAACUCCUGCUGAAAAAGUACAGAAGAAUUCCAUUGGAAUCUUUUCAGAUUUCCUGUAGGAAUGACUUAAGUUCCUUGUCUUCAUCUCGUGAAGAAGAGAAUGACCAGAAAGAUGAAGAGCUCCUACUAACAGCUGAAGAGAUUGAAGAACAUGAAAAUUGUAUUGCUCUUUUUAAAGUGAAUGAACCUUCUGAGGACACAGAGGAAAUCCAGUCAGUUUUGAGAAUUAUCGAAUUAGAAGAGACCGACAAUGGCAUAUAUGAAGAAGCUUCCAGCUACCUUGUUGAAGAAGCUGAUGGCAAUGCACAAGAAAAUAGACCAAGAAUUUAUGGAAGUUUCUGUGAAACAAUUAACUCAUCAUUGAAACAUGAAAACAUCACAAUAUCAAGAAAUAUUGACACGUCACCAUUUCAAGCUCCAAACCAAAUUGAUUCUUCAGCUUUCAGUUGCACCUGUACAGUAGAAGAAAAUCAACAGUUAUCUCUCAAUGACACGGAUGGAAAUUUAAUGGCAGAGCAGCGCACUCACAAAGAUUCUUCAAUGGACCAGAAAGAUUCAAUUCCAAACAGUAAGACAUCUUUGCCUCAGAUUGGACUAAUGAAAGAAAAUCAUUGUGGUGGAACAAUAGACGCAGUCUCUCCUGAUUGUGGUAAUAAUUCAUACAGGAGUCACAAAUUUGUCAGCCAAAGCUUUGAUAGAACAAAUGGUAUCACUUCUAUAUUGCCAGCUCAAAAGAUUUCAUCAGUGUCAAAUAUUGCAGUUGAGGACUCUGUUUCUACAUUGAAUGUUGCUGAGGAAUUUGACCAUAACCUGCAGAUUGACAGUUUGGAAGAAAGCAAGAACAUUGGCCUCACUGCAAAGCCAUCUGAUGAAUUGCUUAAGAUCGCCCAUUGCCAAGAUAUUGACGUUGGCCAGUACCUGGGACUGGAAGGUUUCUUCACCUUGCAGAUGGAUCCUGCUCAAAUUGCUACAGAGCCCUUUCCAAGACGAGUGAUCAAUGACAAUAAACAAAUGUCAGAAACACUGAUCAAAGAAAAUGGAGACUGGCGACCACACAGCAGCCUCUACAAAUAUGCAGAUAACUCAAUUGUUAAUGAUGUAAUUGAUGACAUUCAGAGCAGACCUUCAAGUAGGUUUGGAAGGCAUACAUCCACAAAAGUGACACCACGGACGUCAUUGUUAAAAUCAAAAGAAGGAGCUCUGGGUUGCUCUGGGAGAGUAAUGAAUCCCUCUUCAGUAAAAUCAUUACAUAUUGCAUCACAAAUUGCAACGAAAUCUUUGGAUUCAUGGAAAAGACAUAAUAGUCUUCAUCUAAACUCUGCUGCUCCACACCCGCUGACUAGAGCUGCAGUUGAAAUUUCUGAAGUUGAAAGCAUUGAUCAAGGUGAACCCUGUUUUGAAGAUGAUGCUGAUGAACAAACUUUAAUUGAAUUGGAGAUGGAGCUGAUGCAGACUCAUAAAGGCAGAGAAGGAGGGAAGUGUGACACAUCAUCUGCUUGUGUGUUGUCAACCUCUGCAAGGCAAGCAUUUGUAAAGGACCAUCCAUUUCUGCAAAGGGAUGCUGUUCAUUCUCAGUUUGUGCUUGAUUCUCUGGCAGGAGGAUUUGAUGAAGGUCAAAUAGAUGAUGAGGGAGAGGACACCGAAGACAAACAAAAUGUUUUGCUUUUAUUCUGACAGUGUCGGAGAUAAAUAUCAGAUAACAUUUUUAACUGUUUAUCACCAAACAGCAAAUUCUGAAAUAAGUUAGUCAAAUUGGAUGAUGUGUUUAAUUUGUAAUACUUGAUUUCAAUUUCAAUAUCCUUUGAAAAGAGUGUAAUUUGAUAACGGUUCAAGUUAUUCACUUGCAGAACACUUAAUACUUUGUAAAAUAUAAAUAAAAAUGCAAGUUCAUUUAAUGUAGUUAAUUAAAAUGUUUAAUUCUCUGUAAAUUGCUGCUGAGCCAUUUUGGACACAUUUAAAUUAUGAAAUUGUAAUAUAGAUUGUUGAUGUGAGUGAAAUUGACAAAGCCAGCAUUUAUUGUCCAUUCCUAGGUGAUGAACUAGAUGAUGAUGAGCUGCCUUUCAAAAUGCUGUAGUAAAUGUAGUGCAGGUACACUUUUUUUAGAAAGCAGUUGUAAGAAGUUGAGCCAGUGAUGGUGGUGGUAUCAUUCCAAACUAGACAGGUGUGAGACAUGGAGGAGAAAUUACUUGCAGUGGCAAACCCGAGCAUAUGCUUCCUUGCUCUGUGUUGCAGUUGGCACACACAACCACUGUUAGUCAUGGUAGUAUUUUUUUCAAGUGAUGGGUAGUAUACAAAGCAAGCAUGUUGCUUGUGUCUUGGAUGGUGUUGAACUUCUUGAAUGUUGUUUGACCUAGACUUAACUAGGUAAGUGGAGAAUAUUCUAUCACACUCCUGACUUGUGCCUUGUAGAUGGUGAAUGGACUUUGAGAAUCUGCGAUGUUCCCUCUAAUUUUCUUCCUGCUAUGUGAGCCUCCGAGCUCUGUCAAAUAUAAAUCUAUUCCUCCUUUCAGCGGUCCAGAAGUCAAUGUUACAAUUGGCAUGUGCACGUGCAGCUUUGAUGGAAUGGUGGUCAAGAGAUGAAUUUACACAGAUUUCCUAGUUUUUGACUUGCUCUUGUUGCCACAGAGUUUAUUUGGCUGACCCAUCUACAUUUUCGGUCAAUAGUAACCCUGAGCAUUUUGAUUUUAGAGGAUUUGAUGAGGUAAUAUUGUUGAACGUCAAGGGCAAACAAUUCAAUGAUUCCAUUUUCUCUUAUUAUAGAUUGCUACUGCCUAGCAUUUGUGAGAUAUGAAUGUCACUUUUACUUAACAGCUCAAGUCUGAAAGUUGCUGAGGUCUUGGAGCGUAUUGUUAUGAAAUGUGACAAUAUCUGAAAAGAAUAAAUAAACAAAAUAAUAAAUGCCAUUGAACACAAUGCAGUUCCAAGCAAAAAUUCCCACUUCCGACCUGAUGAUGGAGCAAAAGUCAUUGAUGAAGCAACUGAAGAUGGUCAGGACUAGGACAUUACCCUGAGGAACUCCUGCAAUGAUGUUCUGACACUGAUAUGACUGGUCUCCAACAAUCAUGACCAUCUUCCCUUGUGCUAGGCAUCACUCCGCCCAAUGAACUAUCUCCUCCACAACAAUAAUAAAGCAAAAAUACUACACGUUCUGAAAACUAAAAUUAAAAAUGCUAGAAAUAUUCAGCGGGUCACACAACAUUUGCAGAGAGAAUCUGUUGACAUUUCAACUAAAAGGUAAUGAGUUAUCAGUUUUGCUAAUGUUUUAUGCUAAUUUCCAUCAAAUACUGACUUGAUGUUAAUGACUGUCAAUCUCACCCCACUUUUGGAAUGCAGCUUUUUUUUUUACCAUGCUUACACCAAGUUUCCAAUGAGCGACCCUGAAUGCCCUAAGCUAAGUAUUAAUGAGCAGAUUAUUGUUGAGUAGGUACCACUUGAUACGACUGUUGAUGACACCUUCCAGCACUUUCUGAUAAUUGAGAGUAAAAUAACGAGGCUGUAAUUGACCAGAUUAGAUUUGUGCUACUUUUAUUUGAAAAGACAUAACCAAUGAAUUUUCCAGCUGGAGGCUAGUAUUGGAAUAGAUUAGCUAGAGAGGUGGCUAGCUCAAGAGCACAAGGCAUCAGUAUUACAGCUGGGAUGUUAUCAGAGCCCAUUGGCCCUAAUGGUAAAUUAGUGUUCUUUUUAGAUGGAAUGAAGUUAAGAACAGUGGAUAUCCAAAGAAACAUGUGCAUAGAUCUUUAAAAUGCCAUGUGUGGGUGCAGAAUAUAAUCAGAGGAUUGAUUAUAAAGACUCAGAUGUUAUGCUGCAGUUAUACAAAACCCUGGCUGUACUCCACUUGGAGCAGACCUAAGUACCAGACCUUCAGAAGGAUAUAUUGGUUUGGAGGGAAUACUACAGAAAUUUACAUGAAUGACAUCUGGAUUCAGGGGUAACGUUAUGGGGAGAGGUUAUAUAAAUUAAGCAUAUUUUCUCUAGAAGUUAGGAGGUUAAGUGUGACCUAAUUAAAGUUUUCAAGAUAUUAAUAGGAAAAGAUAGGGUAGAUAAAGACAAACUAUUUCCACUACUUGGGGAUUCUAGAACUCUGGUGUAUAAACUAAAAAUUAGGGCCACGCCAUUCAGGAGAAAUGUUAGGAAGCACUUCUGCAUACAAAGUGAUGUUUGAAGUGCUCUUCGACAAAAGACUGUAGAUGCAAAUGAGUUGUUAGUUUUAGAUCUGAGAUUGAUACCUUUUUGUUAAACAAACGUAUGAAGGGAUAUCGGCCUAAGACAGGUUUAUGGAGUUAGACCGCAGAUUAACCAUGAUCUCAUUGAAUGGCCUACUGUGUACAUACGUCUUUGCUGGAUUCAUUUCUUGAUAUGAAUUGAAUUGUCUGAUGACUGGCAUUUGUGAUGAUGGUGAUCUCAGGAGGAAAAUGAGAUGGAUUAUUCACUUGGGAUUUCUGAAGAUCAUUGAAAAUGCUUCAGCCUGGCUUUUGCACUAACUGCGCGGCUUCCCCCAUUACUGAGGAUAGAGAUAAUGUGGUGCUGGCUCCUCCAUUUAAUUGUUUAUUUCUCCAUCACGUCACUAGGUGUGGUAGGGCAGAUUGGUUUUCAUCAGGUUCGUGGGUUUUGAAUCACUUUGCUCUGCUCUGUUUCGUUGUAUGCAGCUUUCACUGUUCAGUGUGCAUAAAAUCCCAUGUUGCAGCUUCACUAAAUUGGUACCUUAGUUUUGCAUAGGCCUCAUGUUGCUUCAUUCUUUUCAACUUUGUUUAUUGAAUCAGGAUUGACCCUCUAGUUUUGUAGUGAACCAUGAUGUGGUGGAGUCAGUUUUGGACUGGGAUGGAUAACAUUUAAAAA